AUGGCAGAAGCAGCAAUAGACUCAAACGAGGACCUGUCAGAGGAAACGGAGGAUCCGGAACCUCUGGAACCAGAUGAUGGUGGUACGUUCCAACAAGUCACGAACCUCCUUAACAUCAUGGACAGCGAGUCAGCAAAGACGGACACUGUUGGGGCAGGUCCUGACAUGCGGAAGACGCUGGCCUCGGUGAUAAUCACGGAGAAGGCCACCGCCAAGCCCUGCGUGGUGAUGAACGCGCUCAUCCGCUGCCUGCAGGUGCCCAAGAUUCCCACCCAGCGCACAGUCAGCAUUUACGGCAUCCUCCAGGAGAUCAUCCAGCAGGAGGGGGAGCUGGAGGAGCAGUGUGUCCAGAGGCUGGUGGCCAUCGCCUCCAAGGACAUGAGGGAGAUCCUGGAGAUGGAGGGCUACAUGAAGGCAGAGGUGGCCAGUGACACCCUGGUGGCUCUGUCCCGAAACCACUUCAGCUUGGUCAUGUACGAGCUGCAGCACCACCUCAAGCCCCUCGACCUCACGGAUGAAUUUGUCAUCAUCACCCUGGCGAAGCUGGCCCAUGGCAACGUGUUUGAGUUCAUGCCCUACAUGGGCAUCACCCUGGCUACCAUCUUCACGAUGCUGAGACUCGCCAACGAAGCCAAGAUGCGCCAGGUGAUCUGCGCCGAGCCCAGAAUGACUGCCAGGACCAUCUACCUGGCCAUCCGGGUCGUCAAGAACACCCUGUCAGACACCCGCUCCAAGGUGAGGAUGGCUAUUCUCCGCAUCAUCGGCCAGCUGGCUCUGUCUGGCUUCCAGGACAAGAUCAAAGGCUGGGGCUUGAAGUACGUGUCCGUGCAGCUGACACUAUCUACCUACAAACUGACAAAUCGCCGAGAAAGCUUCUAUCAGAGGGACCUGGAGGAGAAGAUGGUCCACAAGGUCACCAUGGACACUGUGAGGAUCAUAACCUCCUCUGUCAGUGGCAUGACCAACGAGUUCUGGGUGGGGCUCCUGUGCUACAUCAUGGAGACGGAUUACACGGAAGCCUUGACCCCCAUCUGCAUCGGCCUCACGAACCUGGCCGAACGACAGCUGCACGCCAGCGAGCUGGAGGCCAGCACGGCCAGCAAGCACAAGCACGUGGACCUGCCAGCACCGCAGAAGCUGCUAGCCCGUCUCCUGGUGCUGAUGUCAUCUCCCUACAAGGGCGAGGGCCGUGGGAUAGCCAUGCUCAACCUCCUGAGUACCCUGAGCCACAGCAUUGCGCCCGCCAUGGCUGACACGGGGGAGCUGGAGAUUCCCCUGCUGGUCAAGUACUGGAAGGUGAGGCAACAUACCGAGUUUUCCUGGUAUCAGAAGACCUGGGAGGACAAGCUGAUUCAGUUUCUGAGAAACUCCCUCAAGAAGACGCGGGGUUCAAACUGGAGCCUACGUCUGAGCAAAGAGCUGAACAACCAGAUCGAGAGCUUUGAUGGCCCCCUCUGGAGAAGGUUGGGCUUUCUGUACAGGGCCUUGGGGUUCACCUUGGCCACGGGCCUGGAGGCUGACAAGGUGGAGGUGCUGCUGCUGGAGCUGCUGUACAAGACGGACUAUGGCAAUGACUUCGACCGGGAGGGCGUGAUUCUGUGCUUUGGCCUGUGCGCCCGGGGCCAGGUCAAGACGGUGCUGAACGUGCUCCAUGACUUCGAGGAGAGGAUCCAGGAGUCAGAGCAAUCCUGGCAGAUCGGCGCUUGGCGGAAGGACCAUCCCUGGAGGCGGGAGACGGUGAAGAGCGCGCUCAUGGUGAUGUACAGCUGUGUGGCCUCACACUGUCACCCGCAGAUGCUCCUCACCCAUGCGGACAACCCCAUCACCUCUAAGAUCAUUCACCACUACACCAGCAGCUGCCAGGACAUCUGCCUCAAAAUGGCCUUCAUGAAGAGUGUGGCGCAGGUCACCAGUGCCAUCAAAAACAUCAAGGACCUGGAGGACUUUCAAUUUGGCCAAAAGACGACUCUUACCGCCAUUGUAAUGGCCAUCAUCAAGGCGGAACCAAUCGACACCCUGGUUUCCCCUGUGCGGGCCAUGGCGAUGGAUGCCCUCUCGCACUUGAGUAAAGUGAAGCCUUUCUACUCCACAGAGGAAAACAGUGAGCUGAUGGACAUCAGUAUACAUUCUUUAAUUUCUCUCCAACCCCCAGGAGAGGACAAUGAGUCCAUUAAGACCCUGUACACGAACGCCCUGCAUGCCCUGGAGCAGCUGAUGGAGGGCCUCAUGCAGAGGCAGCUGGACCCCAAGGGGCUACAGGAGAUGGUGCAUCUCCUGGAAAAGUGGAUCUUGUCGGAGAAAGAGUGGGAGCGGGAGAAGGCCAUGAACCUCCAUCUCCGCCUCAUGCAGAUCUACGUCCAGAGCGUCGGCGUCUGUAUCCCGCUGAAGCUGGGGCAGUUCGGCACGCUGGUUGGACUCAUUGCCCCCUGCACCUGUGACUCCCACAAAAGGACCCGCAUGGCCUCGAUGGAUGUCCUGUCCAGCCUGCUGGAUCUUCAUGCAAGUCAGACCUGCUCCUCAUGGGGUGCUUCCAAGGAGCUGGAGCUUGCAAAGUGCAAGGAGGACCUCCAGGGCUUGGACGUGGAGAAGAUUUUCAGUGCAUCCUCCAGAAUCGCCAAGGUGGCUUGCAUGCAGUUUAAUUGCGAUGAGGUGGUCUCGCUUAUCCAGAAGCUGUGUGAGAACAUCGGGGCCAUGGACCUCCAGCACGACAAGGCCUCCGUCACCUGGAUAGGCACCUUCCUCCAGAUGCGGGUCAAGGAGCUGGAGGACAAGGUGGCCGAGAUCCUGGGCGCCAUCCUGGUCCACCUGCCUGUGGUGGAACAGCCGGAGGUGCGGCGCCUCCUCAUUGAGGGCAUCAUCCUGCUGGCACACCACCACCAGGAUCCCGUGCUCACGUCGCUCCUGAGGCAGCCCCUGCCCAUGGAGAGCCACCUGAUAGAGGUAUGGCUGGCUGUGGCGGAAAACAUGUCCUUUGCCCGGACGAUGCUCCACGGGCUGAUGGGCCGGCUGCAGUCACGGUUCACCCCCAGGACCAACGCCACCUCCAAGGCCGACAUCUGGCGCCUGGCCGCGGUGGACCCCCUGAUGACCCUGUGCACCAUCCACCUUCUCAUCGAGAAUAUGGACAGGGAUGACAAGUUCCCAGACCUCUUCCCGGACCUCAUCUACACCCUCCUGCUGCAGCUCAGCAGCAGCCGGGGGCCGGAGGCUGCGUCGCCCAUCCUAAAGACAUGGAGGCUCAUCCACACGGGGACCCUGCCCGAGGAGAUCAACCUGCAAAGGAUCACAAUCCGAUCCAUGCAGCUUUUGUUCAGGAGACUGGACAGUGAGCAGCUGGUUCACACCCUGGACGACCAGGGCGUGUGGGCCCUCCUGCAGAGCAGUUCCACGUUCUUGCAAGGAGUGAGCCUGCUGGCCAGGCUGUGUGUGCGGCACGUGGAGGGCUCCAGGCACAGGCUGUCGGAGCUGGUGCUCAGAGGCAUGGCCUCGGAGGUCCUGAGCUGCCGCGUCAGCAGCACGGCGGUCUGCGUGGAGUUCAUGAGCGACCCGACUCUGUACCGGGAGAAGCUGCUGAAGCCGGCCGUGCUGCUGCUGGGAAGGGGCGCCGACCAGGAGGACGAGACGCUGCGGGUGCUGGCCCUGCGCGCCCUCGGCAACAUGGCCCUGGGCGCCCCCAAGAAGGUGAGGCAGUACCGGAAGCUGCUGCUGGAGAAGUGCCUGUGUGCCCUGCGGGAGCCGGGAGGCCCCGGUGUGCCCUCCGAGGCCAUGGACACCCUGGCCAGGAUCCUGGCCGAGCUCCGGGAGGGGGACCUGGGGUCCUCACUCGACGCCAUCUCCGAGCAGUGCAGGGCCUUCUUUGACAACGACAGUGAGCUGCUGCGCGUAAAAGCCUUCCUCCUCUUUGGGAAGCUGGCCAACGUGGUGAGGGUCUCCAAGAGGCAUUUCUUCAAGGAGGAAGUGAAGAAGGCCUGGGUCCCACUCAUGCUGCACUGCCAGGACCCCUGCUCUGAGGCCGCCCAGGCCUGUAUGGCUACCAUGUAUCGGUGCGUGCACUUCUGGGGCUUCAAGGCCCUGGAAGACGCCUCGAGGAGAAGCGACGCCAGUGGAGCUGACGAGAUGACCGUUUUCCAGAUGACCCUGUGCUCCGUCCUGACUCAGAAGAAGCCUGCUGUACUCUACAGUUUCUUGCUAGAAACAAUGACCUAUGCUAAAAGUAACUUUUCAGGGAUCAGAAUCGCUUCCUGCAACCUGGCAGGAAUUAUUGUGAAGAAGAUGUCUGCGCAUUAUCUGAAAAAGCUGGACUGCUCAGCACUGCGGAAUUCUCUCCAGGAGCUACAGCUGGACUCGGAUCCCGGGGUGCGGAGGGCGGCCCUGGAGACUCUCAGAAUCUUGGAUUCCUGCAGUCCCCACCAGCUUCUGGCUUCAAACGAAGUACUCUCCUAGGCGGCCCCAGUGUGAAAUGCAAACGGCCUCCUCGGUGCCCACCCGACCACAGCGACGCAGACCAUUUUAGAUUUAGUUUGUAAGAAAGGCAUAGUUAUGAAUAAUCGGUGUCCCUUCCUUCCUUCCUCCCCAUUGAAAUAAACCUCCAUUGCCAUUACGAGUGCAGAUUCCUAACUGUAAGGUGACGACACCCCAGAGCUGAGACAGUGGGGCACCGGGAGACUUGUCCCAAUAGGGCCGUGUCUUUCCCGCUUUCCCUUGGGGGGUGUGCAUGUCAGACGUCCCCUCAGCCCAGAGCAUCGGAAUCCACCUUUGUCUUCACUGCCUUGCAGUCACAUCCAUGCUGAUGGCCAUGCCAGGCAGAGGGGAGCCAGGCUGCUGUCCCGUCUCUGCCCCCCAGGAACCCCACUCUUAAAGGAAAAGGUGUCUCCCAGCCGAGUGCGAUGCGCAUUGAAGGGCACCAUUCCAUAUGUAGUUUACGAGGUCCCGUAUUGGCAGAUCCUGUAAAGUGGCCAGUCCCUUCUGCCUCGCCUUCCUCCGCUUGGUCACUGGACAUCAAACACCCGAACUUUCAGUCUCCCUGGCAGCUAGGCCUCAGCCCAGGCCUGCGGGGUAAGGAGUUGGGGGCAGGGCCAGGCUCAAGCAGUUUGGGGCAAGAAUAAUAGUUAUCCUGAUGGAGGAAAGGAUGGGUUAUGCUUUAAGGAAGCUACAGGCAGGAGGGCAAGGUCUAGAAUUGCAGAGGCCACUCCGGCCUUGGCCAAGCCUGAGCCCACAGUCCCCCGCCAGCCUUUCUUCCUGAUUCGUAGGGGUCUGGACUGAACGUGUCUGCCCAAGUUCUCAUAUAAGACCCCUGACCUUUGCGUGAUGGUAUCUGAGAUGGGAGCUUUGGGUGGGAGCUUUAGGGUAGGAUUAGGGUGCCCUUAUAGACACCAGACAGUGCCCGCUCUCUGCCAUGUAAGGACAGAGAAAACGCACUGUCUGCAGGCCAGGAGGCGUCCUCCCCAGAACCUGACCACGCUGGCACCCUGGUCUCUGUGAGAAAUCAGUGUCUGUUGUUUAAACCACCCAGUCUGGUAUUUUGUUAGGUAGCCUCAGCUAAGACAUACCGGUCACGUGGUCCCAGCAUAAAGACGUGGGUGGAAGAGGGUUCACAUUAGUAUCAGGAGGGGGGCAGCCUAGGAAGGGGAUGGGAAGGAAGACGUGUAAUUUCAUCUUAUCUCUAAACUCGUAUUUAAAAUAAAGAAUCCAUAACACACGGCAAUAUUUUAAUGACCACUCAACGUGGGUUUGGUCACCGUGUUCUGAAUAUUUAAAAUUAUUUUAUUAAAAAAGUCGCCGUGAUAUCCUAUUAUAAAUAGCUCCAAUAAAAGCCAUGAGGUGUCGUGGACGCUGUGUGGCUGCAAGAGUACUCUGGGACCAUCAGAGGACUGUUUAAAACACAGCAUGUUUUUACCUAAAAACAAAAAAAAAAUUACUUUUUAUGGGUGAAUUAUGUUUCGGUUUGCUUCCUCCUGAUUUGGAAGGUCCUAAACCAAGUCCCACGGGUCUGAAUUUAAAAAGACUAAGCAGCUG